GUUAAGUUAAUUAAACCAGUGUGAAUUAGACAAAGUUACUAUUUGAGUGUCAUCAUUUUUUGUUUUAGGCACAAAUCUAACCCAACUCAGCUUCUGGUGGAGGCCAGAGUUCAGCCGAAAACAGCAAAAAAUACGUUCAUCCAUUCUUCUCAUCAUUGUGGUGUAUGCCUGCAGUCAGUUCGAAAGGAGAAUUUACUGUCCUUACCCUGCCACCAUCCAUUCUGCCGCAGUUGUUGGGAGCAACAUAGCACUGUACUGGUGAAAGAUGGCAUUGGAGUGGGUAUAUCCUGUAUGGCACAAGAUUGCCUGCUCCGAACACCUGAGGACUUUGCUUUUCCUUUGAUUUCUAACGAAGAGCUGAGAGAAAAAUACAGGCGCUACCUCUUCAGAGAUUAUGUAGAGAGCCAUUAUCAGCUGCAGCUGUGCCCUGGUGCUGAUUGUCCGAUGGUGAUCCAGGUACAAGAACCCAAGGCUCGGCGUGUGCAGUGCAGCCGCUGUAAUGAAGUCUUCUGCUUCAAGUGUCGACAGAUGUACCAUGCUCCUACUGACUGUACCACUAUUAAAAAAUGGCUCACCAAAUGUGCUGAUGAUUCCGAGACGGCAAAUUACAUCAGUGCGCAUACGAAAGAUUGUCCAAAGUGCAAUAUUUGCAUUGAGAAAAAUGGAGGGUGCAAUCACAUGCAAUGCUCAAAAUGCAAGCAUGAUUUUUGUUGGAUGUGCCUGGGAGAUUGGAAAACCCAUGGAAGCGAGUACUAUGAGUGCAGUCGGUACAAAGAGAACCCUGACAUUGUGAACCAGAGCCAGCAGGCACAGGCCAGGGAAGCUUUGAAGAAAUACUUAUUCUACUUUGAAAGGUGGGAAAAUCACAAUAAGAGCCUGCAGCUAGAAGCACAGACAUACCAGAGGAUUCAAGAGAAAAUCCAAGAACGAGUUAUGAACAAUCUGGGAACAUGGAUUGAUUGGCAGUAUUUGCAAAAUGCUGCCAAGCUCCUUGCCAAGUGUCGAUACACUUUGCAAUAUACAUAUCCAUACGCAUACUAUAUGGAAUCUGGGCCUAGGAAGAAACUGUUUGAAUACCAGCAAGCACAGCUGGAAGCAGAGAUUGAGAACUUGUCUUGGAAGGUGGAGCGAGCAGACAGUUAUGACCGAGGGGAUCUAGAGAAUCAAAUGCAUAUAGCAGAACAGAGGCGUAGAACACUGCUUAAGGAUUUUCAUGACACAUCAGACUAAAGGAGUCCUGUGGUUGUGGUGCCACAUCGUAAAAGGCGUUGGCUGGGGAAGAAGACAAAAUAUCGUUUAGUUCCUUGUUUUUGUUUUCAUCUGCCGUUCCUUUGAUUUUCUUUUUUGUUUGCUGGAAUAGUCAGCAAUGCUCGUGGGUAAUUCCCUUCAUGAGCUGCAAUAGUGUUAGACUUAUUUUUAGAAGAAAAAAUGUAUUUCUUUUUUUAAAGAAAGAGAAAAUAAUAUGAGCUAACGUUGAAAAAUGAGAUUGUUUAAACGUUUUAAGAAACCUGGGCUUUUACAAAUGCUUUCACAGAGACUGGAAGGAUUGCAGAAGCCUCAGCUUCCUCACAGACUUUUAUGUAUAUUUUCACUCGAACAAAACUUUUGGGGCAUUCGUGGCACAACCUAAUUAUAGUGCAUACUGGCACCAGGGCACUCUGCUUAGGCGUUUGUUGGGAAAGCGCAGACUGCUUCAAAAGAAGUCAUUUGGGAAUAAUUUGGCUUUCUGGUAUCUUGUGUUAAUGUGCGUAUGUAGCCAGCUUUGUGUGGGAGCAAUUUUUUCAGUCUGAUUUAAGGUAGGGUGUUGAUGGCAGAUGAUGAUCUGUCGACAUGAGGUGCUGUAUUCUGAGGGGUGCUUCCUUAAUGCCUUUUGUAGAACAAGUCUCUCCUGCAUUUCUGGUCACUGGUGGGAGGGAGGAGAAAGCAAUAGUUAAGUGAGUGCACGCUGUUACUACCUCUACUAUGAAUAGAAUAACAGCUGGUUUACACUGCCUUGCAAGACAGUGAGAUUUGUGAAGAAUUAAAAGGUACAUGAAGUACCUGAUUUGUAUGGCUCCUGCCCCUGCCCUGAGCAUUUUGUUGUGACCUUGUUAUCUGAUUUUCAAAAAUGAUUUUUUAAAUGCUUUAUACUUUUUUAAAAACGAGUGAUUUGAGUUUCUAUCCCCACUCCCAUCUUGUAAUGGUUUAGUUGAUGUACUUGCUGUUGUUGAGAUGGGACCCUGGUUGCAUUUAAGGAUAUAUAAUAAAUGAGUUUUUAUACAUUUCAAAUUUGUCAUGCUACCUCGAGUGCAGUCAGCACUCUGAUCUGCAAUGGUUAGACUCAAUACAUUUUUUGGGGGCUAUUUAUGAUGUGUAUCUUUUUUAUUUCCGAAAGAUUGCAACAAGAGGUGAUACAACUUCUGUAAUGUUUUCAAAUACUUGUGCUUUCUGCAGCAUUAGAACCACUGUAUUGUUCAUUAUUGAUAUAUAAAAGAAAGUUAUUUAAUUCCACUUGCUUGCCAUUGUCUGAAACCUUCCCAGAUUCCCUUCCCUCUCACUGUGACAGGAAUACUGUGCACCUGCACUGAGCUGAAUUUGCUCCUCGUGUUUUUAUUCUUUUUGAUUGGUGUUCUUUCUCUGGCCAAGUGCCAUGAGAAAUUAGCUUGCUCCCAGUAUUGGGUGACAGUGAGACUCCAACUGCACGCUAAGCUGAUACUUAGUGCCAUAGCCAAUGUCACACGGAUUGGAUUAGCUGCUACAGACUCUCAGUCUGAUUAUAAUUUUUCUUCCUCCUAAUGAGGUAGACGUUGGAAGUUCGUUGGCUAAAGAAUCAGACCUGUGAUUUUGCCCUUCCUUUGCCCACUUUCCCCCAAUGCACCUAAUGUUAAUUUCGUUAAGUUUUUUUUUCAAUUCUGUAGUGCACGUAGUUGGA